AUGAAAUUCUCCGUGCUUGCAACUUCUUUCUUUUUAGGUGCAGCAGUAGCUGAGCUUCCGGAACUUGUCUACCAUGAAGAUGCGCUCGCGGUUAGUGCUUGUGAAGCAUUAAUCGCGAAGACUGCUACAUUAUAUGCAAAGAAAGAUAAAAAGGGAUUCUGUAACAUCGACAAUCAGCCUGCCUUGGGUACAAUGGCCCAUUGUAUAGUGCAAGGGUUUAAUGGCACUUCAUUAGAACAAAAAACCAUUACUUAUUUUAUUGAAAGCUGUUCAAAGUACAAGUUAACUGAAGCUGAAUUUGAAGCAUCUUAUAAGAAUGCAACUUCGUACUUGGUAGAUACCACAACUGAUUCAAGUUUUAAUAAAACCAACUUAUUCAGCUCCCCAGUUAAAUUGAAGACUAAAAAAAUUCAGGCUGCAUACUGGUCUGACUAUACAAGAUUUUUCAACUAUAACUGGUCCACUUGGUUCGGUACCGCCCUAGUCGCUUAUUGGUUUGCCGUGAUUAUUGCAGCGGGUAUCGUCAAUCUUCUGUACUUUUUGUUCCCUGGAUUUAUCAACUCCACAUUCAAUGGUACCAUUUCCAAGAGUUUCAGAAAGUACGUUUCUCUUCCUGCCUUAGUAUCUAAGAGCCACGCUAACCCUUUCAACUUCAAAUUCCUUACAUGGAUUAUUCCAACUAGAUUAGAAUCUAUUUUAAUUGCUGGUUGGUACGUGAUGGCACUUGCAUUUAGUAUUGCCCAUGUCUCUCAUACACCUAAUAACUUUGUUUGGGCAUCAGAGGAAGCUGAAAUGGGAAGAAAAGUUGCUGAUAGAACGGGAAUCAUUGCUAACUUCCUUUGUCCUGCUGUUAUUUUGUUUGCUGGUAGAAACAACUUUUUGCAGUGGAUCUCAGGUUGGACAUACUCUAGAAUGGUUAUUUUCCAUAAAUGGACAGCAAGAUGCUUGUUUCUCUUUGCAGCAGUUCAUGGUAUCUCAAUGACAUGUUCUGGUAUUGCAUUGGAUAAGUUUGAAAGUCGUAAUACCCAACCGUAUGUUAGAUGGGGUUAUGUUGCACUUAUUGCUAUGACUAUUAUGGUAAUCCAGUCAAUUUAUUUCUUCAGAUCCCGUAACUACGAAGUUUUCGUUGGUAUCCACAUCAUUCUUGCAGUCUUUGCCGUUUGUGGUGCUUGGAAACACACAGGAGAGCUCGGUUACCAACAUUUCUAUUAUGCUGCUGCUGCUGUUUGGGCGUUUGACAGAGCCAUGAGAUUGGCAAGAUUAUGUGUCUUUGGAGUUAGAACUGCAUCAGUCGAAUUGAAAGCAAAUGAGACAGUUAGAGUCACCAUUCCAAGGCCAAAAUACUGGAAGCCUUUCCCUGGUUGCCAUGCUUUCAUUCACUUUAUGAGACCUACAUGUUUCUGGCAAUCGCAUCCAUUUACCAUUGUUGAUUCUGUUGUAGAUGAGAAUGACAACCAUUCUAUCACCUUUUAUCUUAAGGUUAAAGGUGGUAUGACCCAUGGCUUGUACCAAUACUUAGCAAGACAACCUAAUCACACUGCGCAAAUCAAGGUCUCUGUUGAAGGUCCAUAUGGUAACAGAUUGCCAUUAGAUAGAUUUAAGAAUGCUAUCUUCUUUGCAGGAGGAAAUGGUAUUCCAGGUUUAUAUUCUGAAGCUGUUAGUUUGGCUAGAAGAGAAAGUGAUAAAUCCACUCAAAGAAUUAAACUUUACUGGGUUAUUCGUCAUUGGAAGUCUAUUGAAUGGUUCUAUGAAGAGUUAAAGAAGAUUGAGAAUACCAGAAUCGAGUCAGUUAUUUAUGUUACUCAACCUGGAUCCGGUUUAGCAAUGGAUGAGGUGCAUUCUUCUGAAGGUACUGGUUCAGAUGAUGAUGUUGAUAAGGACAACAACGAAAAGGAAUUUACAUUGGAGAAGGGAGGAAAGAUUUCUCUUGAUUUCAAGUCUGUUUCUAAUGUUGAAAAAUUGAAGCAAGACUUAUCAUUCAUUGAAUUCCGUGAAGGAAGACCUCAUAUCAAGGAACUUGUUCAACAAGAUAUUGCUGAAUCCGAAGGUUUGACUGGUAUCGUUACUUGUGCACAUGGUUCCAUGGUAGACUCUGUCAGAAGUUCAAUUAUUGAGAACAUUGACUCCUCAAAGGAUAGAAUUGAAUAUUUCGAACAGAUUCAAAAUUGGUAG